ACUAAAUCCAAGAUGGCGGCCUGCACGCCUGGUUUAUUGACCAGGAUUAGAGCGCCAAAUUACCUCAUAAAUUCUUGGUUGCCUCUUUUAACUUGCGCAAGAAAUGCAAGCAAAAAAGCUGCUGGAAGUACGAAGAAUCAAGGAAAGAACAAGAAGGGGAAACAUUUGGGUGUUAAACGUAGGGAAGGCGAACGUGUUAUUCCUGGAACAACUCUAGUCAUGCAAAGAGGAUAUAAAUUUCAUCCAGGUGUCAAUGUUGGAGUUGGACGUGACCAUACACUUUUUGCACUGAGUGAAGGGGUAGUCAGAUACAAGAGAGAACUAUUGGAUCCUUAUCCAUGGGGGCUUGGAAGAAAGGGACCAAUUCAUGAACGGAAAUUUGUACACGUCCUAGAAAAAGAGCCCAAAUCACCUCCAGAGCUUGUACUUGUUCAUAAACCACAGAUAUCGCCUUCACACAAGCCGACAAGUGAAACUAUUGCCUGAUUGUGUAUCAGAGAGACUGUUCACGCAUAGACUAUGGUUCAUGUAGCCCCUUGAAGGGAAUUGAAUUGAAGGGAAUGUAGCCCCUUCCGGAAAUUGAAAUCAGUUUUGAAAGACUCUGAAAAAUCCAUUGAAAAUUCAAAGAAAACUUUUGAUUGCUUAUUGAAAAUUUAAAAACCUAGUUGAUGCUUGCCAAUAUUAUUAUGAGAAAAUUAUCCAUUACAGAAGCCAGCAAUAGAGUGCAAACAAUAUAACCAUGAAACUUUAGUAAUACUAAAUAGCACAAUUUCAUGCAAAUUCUAUUGUUUUCUAUUGUUUAAUUAGCACUAUUUUGUACUAUUUAGUAAUUAGUGUUUUACGGAUUAAUUGUUUGCACUCUACAAGCAACUGGCAAACAUAAGUAAGCGACAAUAUUAGUUUUAUUUUAAAGAACCAUUUUUCCAAAUCUAUGGAAAAAACAGGUUUCCCUCUCAAACCCCAAUAAGUAGCAAAAUGAUGUCAAUAAUGAUAAACUACAACAACUUGAAAGUUAAGUACCACAUGGCCAUUUCCUUGAGUAUUAUUUCUUUAUUUGUAACACCUUGAAAUGUACAUUGAUAUUAAUAGUGUGCAAUAAAUCUUACUGGAGUUAAA